AUGGAUGUCGAGAUUGCUUUGGCUAUGAAGAAGAGGCCUAUUAUGAAGCCAUAUGAACAACUAGAAGACAUCCAACAUUUUGAAGCCAUGGAUAAUUCGGAAGAAGCCCUGAAGGAUCAUUUACAAAAGGAAGGAAGUUAUGAUGAAAUGAAAAAACAAAUCAUGAGUCCCAGUACUCAACCAGAGUUGUUGUCAUGUGAUCCAAGUAUCUUCACUAGAGAGAAUGAGGAUCAACAAGAGGUGGUAGCUUGUAGUAGUGAUGUAAUUAGCACUUUGUUCUCAAGCAUCCCAUUCGAGGUGAUAUCAUCCUAUGAUCUUCCAAACCUGAACACUAAGUGUAACUCUCAAGUUGAAUAUUCUCUUGAAUGUCCCACAAUGGAAAUUUUCAAUGCAGAAGAUGCCACUUCUGAAAAAUCAAAUAUCUGUAGCUCAAAAUGUAAUGGUAAACAACCCAAAUCAUAUGAACCGGUAGAAUAUUCUACUAAUGAACCCAUUAAAUUCCCUAGUGAAGAAACAUUUUCAUCUCUUAGUGCUUCAGUCUUUGGAACAAAGGAGUUAGGAUGUAAAUAUACUAAGAAACAACAGACUAGGAAAUCUCCAAUUCAAGUCAACAAGGGUGAAACUAUUGUUGAAAUACUUAAGAGACCUUUCAUUCCAAUAAAAAUCUCUUGA